AUGCCGCGGGUCAAGAGUUACACUGGUGGCACGAUCAAUUUUAAGGAGAUCGAGUCCCAUUUGGUUGGCAGUUCAGCUACUGCCCGCAAAGAUGCGGUUGAGGCACUGAUAGCAUACUUUGACGGUUCGCGGACUCAGUCUCAGACUACCUUUGAUGACAAGGCCUACCAUAGACUUUUCGAAGCCCUGUUUCGUUGCACGCUCAUCGAGAAAGAAGCCUACUUCAAUUCGAAAAAGUCAGUCAAAGUAACAGCUGCAGCAGCUGCGAGGUUGGAGCGUUGCCCCGAAGCCUUGCGGCUCGCCGUCCGUCAUGGCGUCACUACUAUCCGCCGUAAGACGGCCAGGGCCAUCAUUGACCACAUCGUCCAGGUCCUCCCGGGGCCUGAUGGUGCUUAUGUGAUGCCCCUUCUUGCUGGCUACGUAAAGGUGCUCUACGAGUUCCUUGACAACCCAGCAAGUGCGGAAAAUAUUGCUGCGUUAUCGGGAGAGGGCUGGGAGGUAUGUGUCGAUUUUUGCAUCGACGUUCUCUCCCGGUUCCUCGAGCUCGGUGACAGAGAGAGUGGUUCUUUGUCUCGCGCAUCACCUGCCCCGGGGGCAACAGCGCGGUCUGGGUCCGUUGCCGGAACCCAAGGAUCUGGCGAGCAGAUUGGCACUCAUGUCGCAGUGGACGUCCUCUCCUGCCUUUACAUGUUGUGCAUAGCCCAUAACGCACCAAUCCAAAGGAAGGCAGAUCGACUGCCGCACGUGGUGAUACAGCUCCUUCAACUCCGACAAAUGAAGAUUGGCGAGCUGCAGAAGAUGGCAUUUGCCACCUUCAAUAUCGUCUUCCAACGCAUGCAAGCCGAAGAUGUGGCUUUGUGCAAGACUUUGGUGAAGCAGGUGGUGCCGUUGCUCUCACACUGGUGGCAGCCGCGAGCCCUUUCUCGAGAUGCCAUGCUCAACUCAAUCCGCGACGAGAUGCUCAAAACUCUUUACGGUACACGUUUGUACAUUCAGGCAUUGCUGAGGGAAGCCGCCGAUGAGUCAUUCCCCCAAGACGUUGAAGAACUUCUUGAUACUUUGUGGUGUGACUAUUCCAGACGCGAGGAGCGUGCUCGCCUGCAACUUGACGACAUCACUUUCACAAACAUGCUCCUCCCACCGGAUCAUCCCCGUACUGGUAUAUUUAGCCUGCGUCCCCAUCACACAGCAGGCGAGCAAAAUUGGGCACUUCUCGAGAACCUGGCCAUUCUGGAAGCCGCGUACUCAAAGCAUGGACAACAAGAACAAAGUCAGCAGAACCAACAACAACCAGAGAUUGAUCAGCCCCGUAAGAGACGCAAAAUGAGUGGGCGCCAAAACCGUGUACACCAAAAGCUUCAUUCUCUCGAUCCUGCUGUUCGGUUAUCUGCUUUGCAAUUGAUUCCCUUCCUUACGAGACACAAGAAGCCCUCUCUCGAAGAUGUGGCUGAAACCCUUGAGGACUUAUCCAAGCACGUUACUGCCAAACAAGCAAUAGUAGCUUCAUGGGCCAUGUUGGCAUGUUCCAGUCUUGCCAUUCAUGAGGUAUCGCGACACCCUUCGUUGUCAUCCUCCUGGAAGCAGCUUUGGCAGCUCGCCGUCCGGUCCCUAUCCCUUCCCCCGAUCAGCCGCGCUUCCUGUGUUCUCCUCAACUCGAUAUUGAAAGCCAACCUCAUCCCUAGGCAUGAGUUGGCGGACGAUAUCAACCAAAUUGUCACCACUGCCGAUAUCAGUGGUCCAGCAAUCCUGGUAGACGCGUCCUUAGGAUUGAUGCUGAAUCUGCUCCGCUUUCGAAAUAACAUGUUCCCCAACGCCAGCCAAGCCACCUCAAAUCACAUCAUUCGAUGGGUAUUUGUCAGAUGGAGCCCUGCGGAGUUAACCUAUGCUUCCUUACACGGAACCCAUGCAACACCGUAUGAUUUGGUCAACCUCUUGCGAGCAUGCUACGGGAUAUCUCCCCUGGUCAUGGCCCAGCCCCUUCGGCUCUUCAAUGGUCCUAUAGUCUUGCACUGGAAAGAACAGGCAGAGAUGGAACCCUUCAUCAGGUACCUGCUUCUAUUGCACGAGGAGGAGCCAGAUACAACUGUUACGCCUGCCCAGCAGGAAGAACAAUUACCAGAAUCCAACUCUGCUACUGAUGUGGCCGGUUCCAAUGCCUCCAGACGACUGGCGCUCGAGUUGUUCUACCCCAAAGUAGAAGAGCUUCAGGAAUUGGCAGAGUCAUGGCAAAAGCGUGGGGGUGAGGGUGCAACCCCUGUUUCUAUGGAGCGGCUGCGUAGCAUGGUACUCGCCUGUCUCACAGGAGCUCUGCUCCUCCCAGACCUUGUGAACAUCAACUCAUCCCUGUCGCGAGACCUUGAGUCUGCAGUAUUCAGCAUCGUCGAUGCUACUCUCAAAGUCAUUCUCAACUCUCCCCCGAGCGAAAAUCUAUUUGGCAUGAUCCUGGCCUCAUCAGCACCCUAUAUUCCUCAUCUGAUCGAACCUGAGCUGAUCGCCCUGAAGCGUGAGCGCCCUCAUCUGCUCAAGUUCUUCGGCAAGCUCUCUGAAGCCUUGUACGAGCGGUCACGUCGAGAAUCUUCUCACCGUGAUGAUCAAGUCAUCGACAUCGAUCCCGAUUUCGAGCCUCAAACGAGCCAAAAGAACACCGCAUCCAAGGCAAAAACGUUGCCGAGACGGGACAUUCUCCUAAGUUACACUCCGGAAGCCUUCUAUCUGGAGACCAGCCUGAGAAUUCAUUUCCUGGACAUCAUCCGCUUAAAUGAUGGCGAAAUCGGCCGCAUCCCAGAGCCCAUCAUCAACCAACUAGCGGGUCUCUCAGGCGAGCAGUUCUUGUGCUGCCGAGAGUUCAUGAGGGAGAUCUUCACCUCAGAUGCGAUCGUUCCUCUGGGGGGUGCCACGACAAUCCUGGAAACGGCAGGGCACAUCGUCAGCCGAUAUGAAUAUGCAUGUUGUGAAGUGGCGUUGUGCAAUUGCAUAGACAUCAUGGACAGCUUUAUCAAUUUGUGGACGGAUAAUCAUUUUGACAUUGCAGAAAUGGCCGGUGAUCUUUACCACUAUCUGGUCAAGCAGUCUUUGCCAAAUAAUUCCAUGUCGGCGGCUGCACAGAUCCGGCUCGCGAGUCUGCUGUUGCAUUUGCUCGAGGUUAAGUCGGAGUAUGCUUCCAACCUCGGCCUGCCUUCUUCCCAGUCUACCCUCCUCAAGAUCCUCCAAGACGGACCGAUGAAACUCAAACACUAUAUAGGUCUCGAGAUUCCCAAGCUGUUUGGGCUGUAUGUCCUGAAGACGCACGACGAUAUUUUCGUUGACGUCCUUGAACAUCUCCCUUCUGAUCCCGAUGUUGUUGAAGGGCUGGCGUUUCGACUGUUUGUCCUCGCUGAGCUUGCGUGUCGCUGGCCAACGCUCCUUCGUCGGAGUAUUUACCACACGUUCGAGAUUCCGGGGAAGAUCACUAAGAUCUCAAAGUCGCAAAGCUGCGUCACGCAUUCUGCUUUGUACGCAGCCAGCUGUAUCAAACGGAUUGCUCAAACUUUAAAACUCAGCGGCCCUCAGGAGCUGUUCAAGUUGUUUGCUCCUCAGCUGUUGUACACAUGGUUGGACAACGACUCCAUCCAGGAUAUCGCCUAUGAGAUCUUUGGCUUUUCCAGCUUGCUCGAUCUGCUUCGAGAGGCACAAACUGAAGCGGCAGCCAUCAUGAUGAUGCGCGGCCAGGAACAGGAGGUCUGUCAGCUUGCGCAAUCCCUGGGUCUAACCCCUGAAAAGCUGGUGCAACAAAGCUUCACCAAGAUCAUUGCGUAUAGCAUUGCACACGACAUCAGCAUUGCGGGCGGUCCAGACUACGUAACAGGAGAGAGUCGCAUGAGGAAAAUUCUUGGGAAGGAAGAGUAUCUUGCGAACAUUCACCUGAACUUUGCUGAUAUCAUCUCCACAUUCUUCGACAUCUUCGAUCAAGAGGAUCCCAUCGAGAAGGCAUUCAGGCGAGAUGAAAGGUUCGCCUAUGCAGCGGAAACUCUGGAGGAGAUCAAGAAGCUGGGUCAUCUCCCGACCGCGCUUCCUCCCAAUCAGCAGCCCAUGUUCAGAGCGAAGUAUCUUCCCAGGGAAAUCGUUCACUUGUGCAGCCGAACCCAGUAUGAACCUGAGAAUAUCUGGACCCCGGCGUUGGUGGUGUUUGUAGCCCGCAAACUUCUGAAGACCAUUCACCCAGCACUUGGUCCGCUCCAUGCCUGUUCUGUCUUACGCAAGAUUCGCGUUCUAAUCUGUCUCGCUGGCGACCAUGCGAUAUCUGGAUACCCGCUCGAGAUGUUGCUCCACUCACUACGGGUGUUCGUGGUCGACCCGGAAUGCGCUGAUGAUGCUUUAGGCAUCACUCAAUAUCUGAUCAAGAGGGGUGACGAGUAUUUGAAGAGAACUCCGUCAUUCCUGGCAGGAUACGCCCUGUCGAGCUUGGCCGAUCUGCGUGUGUUUCUCGAAUCAAGCCAGUCCAGCACCACACAAGAGAGUCAGUUCAAGGCCACCAAGAGCAAGGCCCAGGAAUUUCACGCCUGGUUUUCCAAAUAUCUUGCCGCCUAUGACUCCCCUGAAUUCAAGGACGAGGGACAGAAGCAGGCAUUCAGGUCUAUUACCGAGAACGCUGCCCAUAUCCGUGCUUCGGGUAAUGCUGAAAAGGGAACGCACGAGAGCAAUCUCCUGCUGGAGAUCCUCAAAGAUUGGGGUCGCGAGAACCAACUCUUAAACGAGCCGGCACGAGAUGUUGCCCUUUCUAUGUUGUGUGGGGUCUUUAAUAUUCCCCCUUCCAGCCGACUGGACGUUAUCGAAACAGACGAGGACGCGAUAAAGAACGGCGCCGUGGUAUGGAAGAGUUGCUCCUCGCAGAGACUGGGCGGAGAAUACCUCGCAUGGGCGGGCCGAGUACUGGGUCGUUCUUUUGCAGCUUCCGGUGAAGUCCCCGAGGAUUUGCUACGCGAAUCUCAGCUUCAGGAGUACCGGAGGCUGUCUCAGGGCGUGGGAAGCUCGGAAGAAGGAUUGCUCAACCUCAUCAAGUCCCUCACCAUUAGUGGCGAUUGCUUCACAGCCGGCUUGGCCGAGGCCGCGCUCCGCACCAUCGUUUCCGAUGCCAUUAGCGACAAUGAUCAUGACUUGCUCAGCGCUUGUCAGGAGAGCCUCCCCGAGCCGCUGCUAAUCGCGUCAAACUGGGAUCCCUAUCGCACACCUCUGUCUGAUCAGUUCAAGGUCGACCCUCCUGCCAAUACGGAAGUGUUUUCAGCAAGAGCUCUGGAGAAUCCAAAUUGGUCACAGCAUCUGGCUAUCCGUUUGGCCCUUUCUGCUCCCAAGAUUGUCACCCUCAGGGUGCUUCCCCCGAUCCUUUCCAAAGUCAAGGGCUUCGCAGAGCGGGCUUUCCCAUUCGUUGUCCACUUGGUGCUUGCGUAUCAGUUGGACAAGCAACAAUCGGCAAAGAGAGAACUCUCCGAGUCACUCCAAGAGUGGUUAAACUUCACCUCAGAGCCAGCCAAGGAGAACCUGAAGCUGCUGAUCAAUACUAUCCUGUACCUGCGGACCCAACCACUCCCGGGAGAAUCCUCGAUUGCCGACCGAGCCCACUGGCUGGAUGUGAACAUGGCAAGUGCUGCAGCCGCAGCAACCCGAUGUGGCAUGUAUAAGGUCGCCCUCUUGUUCGCGGAGCUUGCAGCCGAAUCAACUCGCGGGUCCCGGCGCUCAUCUGCUGCCAGGGAGACCGAUGACUCGAGCGACAUCUUGCUGGAGAUUUUCGAAAACAUCGACGACCCAGAUGCUUACUACGGCCUUAGCCAAGAUGCUUCCCUUUCCACGGUCUUAGCUCGGCUGGAGUAUGAAAAUGAUGGAGCAAAGAGUUUGGCUUUCCGAGGUGCACAGUACGACAGCCACCUACGCGGCAGAGACUUGCAGUCUAGGCAAGACUGCAAUGCGCUUAUCAAGGCCUUGAGCAGUCUCGGCCUUGCUGGCUUGUCUAACUCCCUUCUCCAGUCGCAACAGAGCAUAGACGGCUCUUCCGACUCUCUCGAUGCCACCUUCACGACGGCACGGAAACUCGAGAUUUGGAAUCUUCCUGCUCCUGUAAACAGCGACAGCUGGGCUGUUACUGUCUACAAGGCAUACCAAAGUAUGUAUCAGGCCCAAGAGCUCGACACUGUCAGGAGCAUGGUCCAUGAUGGCCUGAAGAACACCGUCCGGCAUCUGAGCAGUGGCAGUCUCAACACAUCUGUUUUGCGCCAGCAGCUUGGUGCGUUGGCUGCACUCACGGAGCUUGAUGAUAUCUUGAAUGUUCGUGAUCAGUCGGAGCUCCAGUGCACCCUUGCGACCUUCGAGAAGAGGUCGAAGUGGAUGAUGAGCGGGAGAUAUGCCGAUGUGAGCCAGAUACUCUCGUGCAGAGAGACUACCUUGAGCAUGUGGAGCCAACGCCACAACUUGAGAGCCGCGGGCCUGACAUCAGCGGACGCGCGCUUGGUCCAAAUCCGUGGUAUGCUGCUAUCAUCAGACAUCUUCCGCUUCCAUCGCGCACGCCAAGAGACCUUGAACCUGUCUACGGCUCUCUCUGACCUGAUUCCUUCGUGUGAAUCCUUGGGUCUCAGUGUUGAUGCUGCCAUCAAGAUGGAGGCGGCCAACGCCUUAUGGGACCACGGGGAGAUGAUCUCGUCGAUCAGAAUGCUUCAAGCCAUAGACAAGGAUUCGUCUCUGAAGAAACAAAGCGUGCCCCUGAGCCGCUCCGAUCUUCUGUCCAAGAUUGGCUACCAGGUCUCUGUCGCGCGGCUGGAGAGUCCUGAUGCCAUUCAAAAGAAGUAUCUCGAGCCUGCACUUAAGGAACUGAAGGGUAAAAUUGAGGGCAGAGAGGCUGGUCAAGUCUUCCAUCAGUUUGCUGUGUUCUGUGACGAGCAACUGCAAAAUCCCGACAGCUUAGAGGAUCUUGCACGGCUGCAGAACCUCAAAAAGGGAAAAGACGAGGAGGUUGCCCAGCUCAAGGCUUUGAUCGCAAGCGCAAAGGAUUCUCAGUUGAGGAAUCGAUAUCAGAGCCAUCUAGCCAAGGCCAAGCAAUGGCAAGAACUCGACCAGCAGGAGCUCCGGCGAGUCGAACAAACGCGGUCCGAGUUCCUCAAACUCUGCAUAGAGAAUUAUCUUCUCUCUCUGGCGGCAUCAGACGAACACGAUAACGAUGCCCUGCGCUUCAUGGCUCUGUGGCUGGAGAAAUCAGAGGAAGAAGUUGCGAAUGAAGUUGUCAAGAAAUGGAUCAAUAAGGUUCCGACUCGCAAGUUCGCGCUCCUGAUGAACCAGCUCUCGUCACGUCUUCAAGACCAUAAUACUCUGUUCCAAAAACUGCUGAUUGAUCUUGUCUAUCGCAUCUGCGUCGAUCAUCCCUACCAUGGCAUGUACCACAUUUGGACCGGAGCGAGGACUCGGGUCAACAAGGACGAUGAGGUGGCAGUCUCUCGCCAGAGAGCGACAGACAAGAUUGCUAAGGCGCUCUCAAAGAAUAAUAAGGUCUCAUCCAUCUGGCCGGCGAUCGAUCAGACAAGCAGAGUCUACCACGCCCUUGCCAUGGACCGUGAUCCGACUCGCUAUAAAUCUGGACAGAAGGUUCCAAUCAAGAACUCCCCUGUUGGGCAGAACUUCCUCAGCACUAUGUCCAACAAUCCGAUCCCGCCGCCAACACUGCAGAUCGAGGUGUCUGCCAAUCUGGACUACUCCCACGUGCCAAUGAUUCACAAGUUUGCUCCCGAGAUGGCAAUUGCGUCUGGUGUCAGCGCACCCAAAAUUCUCACAGCGAUCGGAACAGAUGGCCGAAAGUACAAGCAGCUCGUCAAGGGUGGCAACGACGACCUGCGCCAGGACGCUAUCAUGGAACAAGUUUUUGCUGCUGUGUCUGAACUCCUGAAGCUUCACCGAGAAACAAGACAGAGGAACCUGGGCAUCAGGACGUACAAGGUGUUACCCUUAACCUCCUCAUCCGGUCUGAUCGAGUUCGUCUCCAACACAAUUCCACUCCACGAGUAUUUGAUGCCCGCCCACGAGCGAUACUACCCUAAAGACCUCAAGGGUUCCCAAUGCCGUAAAGAAAUCGCGAAUGCCCAGACCAAAAACACAGAAACCCGCAUCGCCGUCUAUCGCAGGGUCACGGAACGCUUCCAUCCGGUCAUGCGCUACUUCUUCAUGGAGUACUUCCCUGACCCGGAUGAAUGGUUCCAGAAGCGCACCAACUACACUCGCACAACGGCCGCCAUCUCCAUGCUGGGCCACGUGCUCGGGCUCGGCGACCGGCACGGGCACAACAUUCUCCUGGACCACAAGACCGGUGAGGUCGUCCACAUCGACCUGGGUGUGGCCUUCGAGAUGGGCCGCGUGUUGCCCGUGCCAGAGCUGGUACCGUUCCGUUUGACCCGCGACAUCGUCGACGGCAUGGGCAUUACCAAGACCGAGGGCGUCUUCCGGCGGUGUUGCGAGUUCACGCUGGAUGCGCUGCGCGAGGAGGCCGCAUCGAUCCAGACCAUUCUGGACAGCUUGAGGCAUGACACAUUUGGGGGGGAAGAUGGCGGUGUUGGAGGGGGUGAAGACGGUGAAGGCGGUGGUGUGCCGAAAGAGAAGAAGCAGAGGCCGGCGAAUGAGCCGAGUGAAGCAGACAGGGCGAUCGAGGUGGUUAAGAAGAAGCUGUCGAAGACAUUGAGCGUCAUGGCAACGGUCAACGACUUGAUUAAUCAGGCAACCAGUGUGUCGAACCUAGCGGUUCUGUAUUCAGGAUGGGCUGCUUAUGCUUGA